AUGGUCUCAAGGCUCUUGAGCAACAACAAGAUCACUGGGCUCCGGAAUGGAUCCUUCUUGGGACUGCCCCUGCUGGAGAAGUUGGACCUGAAGAAUAAUGUCAUCAGCACGGUGCAGCCCGGUGCCUUCCUGGGCCUGGGGGAGCUGAAGCGCUUAGAUCUCUCCAACAAUCGGAUUGGCUGUAUUGCCUCUGAGACCUUCCAAGGCCUCCGUAGGCUUCUUCGACUAAACAUAUCUGGAAACAUCUUCUCCAGUCUGCAGCCUGGGGUCUUUGAUGAGCUGCCAGCCCUUAAGCUUGUGGACUUUGGCACCGAGUUCCUGACUUGCGACUGCCGCCUGCGCUGGCUGCUGUCCUGGGCCCGGAAUCACUCCGUGCAGCUGUCCGAGCGCACACUCUGCGCCUACCCCAGUGCCCUACACGCCCAGGCCCUGGGCAGCCUCCAGGAGGCCCAGCUGCGCUGCGAGGGGGCCCUGGAGCUACAUACGCAUCACCUCAUCCCAUCCCUACGCCAAGUAGUGUUCCAGGGUGACCGGCUGCCCUUCCAGUGCUCCGCCAGCUACCUGGGCAACGACACCCGAAUCCGCUGGUACCACAACCAGACCCCGGUGGAGGGCGACGAGCAGGCAGGCAUCCUCCUGGCCGAAAGCCUCAUCCAUGACUGCACCUUCAUCACCAGCGAGCUGACCCUGUCUCACAUCGGUGUGGGGGCCUCAGGCGAAUGGGAGUGCUCCGUGUCCACGGUCCAGGGCAACGCCAGCAAGAAGGUGGAGAUUGUGGUGCUGGAGACCUCCGCCUCUUACUGCCCUGCCGAGCGCAUCGCCAACAACCGUGGGGACUUCAGGUGGCCUCGAACUCUGGCUGGCAUCACAGCCUACCAGUCCUGCCUUCAGUACCCUUUUACCUCUGUGCCGCUGAGCGGGGGUGCCCCGGGCACCCGGGCCUCCCGCCGCUGUGACCGAGCUGGCCGCUGGGAGCCAGGGGACUACUCUCACUGUCUGUAUACCAACGACAUCACCCGGGUGCUCUACACCUUCGUGCUGAUGCCCAUCAAUGCCUCCAAUGCGCUGACUCUGGCCCACCAGCUGCGAGUAUACACGGCCGAGGCCGCCAGCUUCUCAGACAUGAUGGAUGUAGUCUAUGUGGCUCAGAUGAUCCAGAAAUUUUUGGGUUAUGUUGACCAGAUCAAAGAGCUGGUGGAGGUGAUGGUGGACAUGGCCAGCAACCUAAUGCUGGUAGACGAGCACCUGCUGUGGUUGGCCCAGCGCGAGGACAAGGCCUGCAGCGGCAUCAUAGGCGCCCUGGAGCGCAUUGGGGGGGCCGCCUUGAGCCCUCACGCCCAGCACAUCUCUGUGAACUCAAGGAACGUGGCAUUGGAGGCCUACCUCAUCAAGCCACACAGCUAUGUGGGCCUGACCUGCACCGCCUUCCAGAGGAGGGAGGCAGGCACACUGGGUGCCCGGCCCGUGGCACUGGGCCAGGACCCUUCGCCCGAGCCAGAGCCCCUGGCUGAUCAACAGCUCCGCUUCCGCUGUACCACUGGGAGGCCCAACAUUUCUCUGUCAUCCUUCCACAUCAAGAACAGCGUGGCCCUGGCCUCCAUCCAGUUGCCGCCCAGUCUGUUCUCAUCCCUUCCGGCUGCCUUGGCUCUCCCAGUCCCCCCAGACUGCACCCUGCAACUGCUCGUCUUCCGAAAUGGCCGCCUCUUCCGCAGCCACGGUAAUACCUCGCGCCCUGGAGCCUCGGGACCUGGCAAGAGACGUGGCGUAGCCACCCCUGUCAUCUUUGCAGGAACCAGUGGCUGUGGCGUGGGAAACCUGACGGAGCCAGUGACUGUUUCACUGCGGCAUUGGGCUGAGGGGGAUGAACCUGUGGCAGCUUGGUGGAGCCAAGAGGGGCCAGGAGGGGCUGGGGGCUGGAGCUCUGAAGGCUGCCAGCUCCGUUCCAGCCAGCCAAACGUCAGCUCUCUGCACUGCCAGCACUUGGGCAAUGUGGCCGUGCUCAUGGAGUUGAAUGCCUUCCCCCGGGAGGUGGGGGGCUCAGGGGCAGGGCUGCAUCCAGUUGUGUACCCCUGCACAGCCCUGCUGCUGCUCUGCCUCUUCUCCACUAUCAUCACCUACAUCCUCAACCACAGCUCCAUCCACGUGUCCCGGAAGGCCUCACACAUGCUGCUGCCCCUGUGCUUCCACAUGGCCAUGACCUCCGCCGUCUUUGCAGGAGGCAUCACACUCACCAACUACCAGAUUGUGUGCCAGGCAGUGGGCAUCACUCUGCACUACUCUUCAUUGUCCACACUGCUCUGGAUGGGUGUGAAGGCCCGCGUUCUCCACAAGGAGCUCACUUGGAGGGCACCUCCUCCACAAGAAGGGGACUCUCCCCCACCUGCUCCCCAUCCCAUGCUCCGGUUCUAUUUGAUCGCCGGAGGGAUCCCACUCAUUGUCUGUGGCAUCACAGCUGCUGUCAACAUCCACAACUACAGGGACCACAGCCCCUACUGCUGGCUGGUGUGGCGUCCAAGCCUAGGAGCCUUCUACAUCCCAGUGGCUUUGAUUCUGCUGAUCACCUGGAUCUAUUUCCUGUGUGCAGGGCUGCACUUGCGGGGUCCUCUGGCACAGAGCUCAAAGGGGGGCACCAGCAGGGACUCCCUGGACCCAGGAGAGGAGCUGAGGGGUUCCACCAGGCUCAGGAGCAGCGGCCCCCUCCUGAGUGACUCAGGUUCCCUUCUGGCUACCGGCAGCGCAGGGGUGGUGACGCCUGGGCCCCCAGAGGAUGGCGAUAGCCUCUAUUCUCCGGGAGUCCAGCUAGGGGCGCUGGUGACCACACAUUUCCUGUACCUGGCCAUGUGGGCCUGUGGGGCUCUGGCAGUGUCCCAGCACUGGCUGCCCCGGGUGGUGUGCAGCUGUCUGUAUGGGGUGGCGGCCUCCGCCCUGGGCCUCUUCGUCUUCACCCAUCACUGUGCCAGGCGCAGAGACGUGAGGGCGUCUUGGCGCGCCUGCUGCCCCCCUGCCUCGGCCUCAGGUGCCUCACCCCGGGCUGAGCCCGCCACCCCACAGGACGGUUCUCCAGUAUUCGGAGAGAGGCCCCCCUCCCUGAAGUCCUCCCCGAGCAGCAGCAGCGGCCAUGUGCCGCCCCCGGCCCCCUGCAAGCUUACCAACCUGCAGCUGGCCCAGAGUCAGGUGUGCGAGACAGGAGUGGUGACCCGUGGGGAAGGGGAACCAGAGCCCGCAGGCUCCCGGGGAAGCCUUGCCCCCCGCCACCCCAACAACCUGCCCCACGGGCGCCGAGUGCACAAGAGUCGGGCCAAGGGGCACCGUGCAGGGGAGGCAGGUGGCAAGAACCGGCUCAAGGUGCUGCGUGGGGGCAUGAUGGCCGGGGCCCCUGAGCUGCUGUCCAGCGAGAGCGGCAGCCUACACAACAGCCCGUCCGACAGCUAUCCAGGCAGCAGCCGCAACAGCCCAGGCGCCCGCCUCCAGCUCGAGGGAGAGCACACGCUCACGCCAUCUGAGGGCAGCGACACAAGCACGGCGCCGCUCCCCGAGGCGUGCCGGCCGGGCCAGCGCCGCAGCGCCAGUCGCGACAACCUCAAGGGUGGCGGGGGCAGCGCACAGGAGAAGGAGAGCAAGCGCCGCUCGUACCCACUCAACACAGCCAGUCUGAAUGGCGCUCCCAAGGGCGGCAAGUACGACGACAUCACCAUGAGCAGCGCCGAGGCGGCUGGCAGUGGCUACAUGAAGACAGGCCUCUGGAAGAGCGAGACCACUGUCUAGGGCGAGGGCAGGUGACACUUUAGGACAGGCUGGGCACACGAGCUUGUUAUCCUGGCUUCUCGGGGGCCCUCAAAGACGUCUAUCGGUACGUCAACAGGCUUGAGGUGGAGGUGCCGAGGGCUGCACCUGGGCUCACCAGCUUUAGUCCUGCAGGCUGAGGAAAAGGAGAGGCAGAGGCUUGCCACUGGUAAGAGAGCCAUCUCUCUGGGGUAGCCAUAGACAAUCCCAGGGCCACAGGCAUCACACAUUUCCGUCCCAGCCCAGGCUAGUUUUGGCAAUUAUGAAUGCCAUCCAGGGUAGUGGGGAAGGCCCUGUUAGUCUGUGGAGUGAUGAACAGAAGGGCACAGCACAGCCCAGGCAGGCUUCUCCCAAGGUGCUGCCCACAUCUUGUCUGCACUGCCUCACUGGUGGGCAUCAGUCUUGUCAGGAAAACAGAGAUGAGAGCUUGAGUAAAAUGUUCUCACUGCCCUCCUCUGUUGUCAGCCAUCUGUGCCUAGAUCUUAGGACUUCUCCCCGACCCAGUUUUUGCCUAACUAGGGAGCCAGCCUAGCAGAUGAGCCAGGUGACCAGGACCAAUGGGAAGUAACAAGGUGCUGCUUUUCAGAUUAACUAUGCAAGAGGAGGUGGGGCAGUGUGAAAGGCAGUUUGGGAGAUCAACUAGUCCUGCGGAAGGGGGGCAGGUGCACAAUUAGGGAGGGACACGAUUCCCACAGGAUUGGUACACACCACACAGCAGGGCUCCAAGGUGACACUUAAGGACAAAGCCAAGGUCCUACACCUAAGAAGCUGACUCUGCCAGAUGCCUGGGGAUAAUUUGAGGGAAGUAGAAAGUAGUGCUUAAAUUUGGCACUGAAGUUAUUCAUGCCUUAAACCUAGUCCUAUAAACAAUGAAGAGGGGCUCCACCGCAGGGCUGCAGGUGGUGUUGGAGAAGCAUUUACUAGUUCAAUUAAAAGACCUAUGUCCCCAGUCUCAGCGUUCCAACACCAAGGGACUGAGGAAGAGUACUUCCCUGCCUCCAUGAGGCCAUGUGGAAGAGCUAUUUCAAUCACUUGAUCUCUAGCUCUAUAUUACGGAGAAAGCUCCAAAAUAUCAAACCAGCUUCCUGCCUCACAGAAGGCCAAGCCAAGUCCUCCAAAGUGGUGGGCAGGGUCCCUGCAGCUCCCCUGGGGCCUGUGCCUCCACUACUUUUAAACAUCAGCACUCAUAUUUUCCCCCAACCUAAAAAGCAACCACCAGCCUUUUACUACAGAAAGUUGAAAGAACCUGGGCUCUUGUGAAGAGUAUCAUGAAAACAAGGCCUGGUCCAGGUCCCUUCCCAGUCUUGAUGUUACCCCAGCCUGAUCACCCAGGUGAAAGAAGACAUGGGGAGGAAAGAAAACUCACACACCUUGGGAUGGAUCCUGUUAUUUAUGCUUGCUGCACAGACAAUAUUAGACAGGAAAAAAAAAAGAA